CCCACCAUCCUCUUCUCCUCACACUUGCAUCUUCUGCAACCAAAUCAAAUCAAUGGAGGGUACUCGUGCAGCGACCGGCCAGAUUGUCCCGAUGGGGACCGAAACCGUGAGGAAGGAGGAGACGCAGACCCCCGCAAUGGUUCAGCACACAGUCCAUAUGCCCUUAGAAGUGGUCAGAGUAAAGAAGAAACGUCGUAGUAUUUUGGGCCAAGCAGUGCAAGUCAUUUUCCGAGCAUUGACUGCGUUGUGCAUGAUCCCAGCUGUCAUCUUAAUGGUCUUGCGCAAUGAGGAAAUUGAGAUUGUUGAUAACAGAUACGUCAUUCAUGCUAGCUACAGAUCAUCUCCAGCUUUUGUGUACUUGGUGCUGGGUGCUGGAGUUGCCGGAUGUUACUCUAUUCUUGGUAUUGCUCUUGCCUUCUGUAGUCCAAGAAAUCGAUUCCUCCACACUCUUGAUAUGAUGGUUCUGUCUCUAGCGAUGUCAGCUUGGUCGUCUGCCGCUUCUGUUAGUUAUAUUGGAUUUUACGGAAAUGAAGACUUGGCGUGGGGCAAAGUCUGCCCAUACGUGAAGAAAUUUUGCUUGAGUAGCAGAUUUUCCCUUUCCCUAUCUUUCUUUGGUUCGAUAUUUCACUUCUUAGUUUGUACUUUGUCUUCUGCUUAGCCCAGAGCUAGUACUCUCAAAGGUAUUUAGUGAUUAGGAGUCCUAAGUGAAUAAUGUCUCAUAAACAUUUUAUCUCCGCGCCCUUUCAUUUUGUUUUGUAGUUCUAUGCUUUGUUUUCUAUGUUGACAUGAUUAAAUAAUGAUGGUUGAUUAGUAUCC